AGGUGAACGAAACAGAGGGGAAUCUAUUAAAACUAUUCAUCUAAAAUUAGAACUCAGAGGUACAAUUAUAUUAGAUUAGGCAGAUCAGAGAGAGAGAGAGAGAGAGAGAGAGCGCUGCAAUUACAGUAUGAGGCAUGCCUUCUUGGCUGCUCUCCCCAAGUAUCACCCUUGUCGAUUUGCGUUACAGGCAUUGAAUCCAAAAACCAUCACUUCACUAUUGCGUUACUUGUAACUGCUCUCAAGUCUCACCCUACCAUCCGUGCUACCAAACUGGGAUUGGCAUCUGGCAUUGUCCUAAUCUUUUACCUUAUUCCUCCUCUUUUUGGCACAAUCACCGCUAAAACCACACCACAUCCGGAACCAUCACGCGACCCAACCACCCAUCAUCCUUCCUUCUUUCCUAAAGAAAAACCUACCGUAUGGAUCAUAUCUUCUGCUGCACUUCCACUCUCAAUAUUCUCAGUCUUCUUGUUCUGCUUUUCACCACUAGAGGCGUUUCAGGUGCUACAUUCACGUUUGUGAACAGAUGUGAUUAUACUGUGUGGCCGGGCAUUCUCGCAAAUGCAGGCAGCCCCAGGCUCGAUAGCACUGGAUUCGAGCUCCCAAAGGAUAGUUCCCGUUCCUUCCAAGCCCCCACCGGCUGGUCCGGCCGGUUCUGGGGUCGGACGAAUUGUAAUUUCGACGGAUCCGGGUCAGGGUCGUGCCUCACUGGCGACUGCGGCUCCGGACAAGUCGAGUGCAAUGGACUCGGAGCCGCCCCUCCCGCCACUCUUGCCGAGUUUACGCUCGGGUCCGGUGGGCAGGAUUUCUACGACGUCAGCUUGGUGGACGGGUACAACCUCCCCAUGAUCGUUGAAGGUACCGGCGGGUCGGGGGCAUGCGAUUCGACCGGAUGCGUCUCUGAUCUGAACCAACAAUGCCCCUCGGAGCUGAGGGUCGGGGACGGUAGCGCCUGUAAGAGCGCGUGCGAGGCGUUCGGGAGCCCCGAGUACUGUUGCAUCGGCGAGUAUGGCACGCCCGCUUCUUGUAGGCCGUCAGUGUACUCGGAGAUGUUCAAGGCCGCGUGUCCGAGAUCGUAUAGCUACGCGUACGAUGAUGCUACGAGUACGUUCACCUGUACCGGUGUCGAUUAUACGCUGACGUUUUGCCCUUCGUCUCCAAGUCAGAAAUCUUCAAGAGAUCCAACCCCAACGGCAACAACAUCAGCAACCUCUCAGGGGUCCGGGUCAGGAUAUUACUCUGUUUCGGGUUCAGGGUCAGGUGAAGGAGGAUCGGAUACCGGUUCAGGGUAUUCGGUUUCUGGUUCAGGUUCAGGGUCAGGAGAAGCCAUGAUCGCAGAUGGGUCAUGGUUAGCUGGUUUGGCCAUGGGAGACUCACCAAGAGCACUUUCUCCUUCAACCUUCCAAUCUGCUUUAAUAGCCUCGGCUACUUUGUCUCUUACCCUCUCAUUGCAUUUUUUGUAGCCCCUCUUAAAUGAGCUUGACCUCGAGUCAUGGAUUUUGCUAUGCUGUGCUGAGUGUGUCUCAGAUUUGCAGCCUUUUGCUGGGAAAGCUGACAGAUUCCUCCAGAUUGUAAAACAUCCAAUUCUACUCCGAGGGUCCCCCCAAGAAAAAAGUUCGACGUUAUAUAUACUGGAAGUGCUUGUAUUUAUAUCUAUUUAUAUCUAAUGCUCAUUUCCUUUUCC